UCCAGUGAGCGAAGGUCGAUGUAAACAAACCUUACAGUCUCAGCCAGUUGAAUUCCGUAUCAGAAACAUGGAUAAAUUUGUUGUUCGCAUGCCAAGAAAUUCUCCAUCUUCAAGUCCAAGAAAAGGUGGAGUGAGAAAUUAUAAACAGUCUACCAUUGAAUCACUGAAGGGUGUUGUGAUUAUUGAAGAUCUUGAGAGAGCUAAGAUCAUUCUGGAGCGCAGUGACACCAAAGAUGAGUUGAAGAUUGACACACUUAAACACCUGAGAAAGAAAAUGCCGGCCAAGGAAGUUCUCGUAAAGACUGGGAUUGGGAAGACUGUUUACAAGUUAAGUAAGAGUAAAGACGAAGCAAUUGCAGCAGAAGCAAAGAAGGUGUACAAGCUGUGGAAAGACCACUUACUGAGCAAAGUUGGAAGGCCAGUAAUUGAAGUUAAAUGUGACCUCAAAACCCAAAACUUUCGGAAUUCUGCAAGACAGAUGAUAUUAGAUGGUCUAAAAAGGGAAGAGGGUGCAGAAGAAGGCCCGAGUUCUGAUGAAACAAAAAAAGAAGAGAAAAGAAAAGAAAAGAAAGAUGCUAAGCAUAAAUCAAAAAGAAAAAAGACAGAGGAUGAGGAUAAAGAUGCAAAGGAUAAAGAAGAAUGUGAUUCUAUUGAAGUCCUGGCAGAAUAUAUUGAAAGAGAAGUCUACCAAAGCACUAAGAGACUGGUCAACAAGCCUUAUAAAAGAACAAUAAGAAAACUAGUUUUUACUCUAAGACAUCACAAGGAUGUGAGAUUAUCUGUUGUUUCUUCCUCAUUGUCUGUGAAAGACUUUGUGAAGCAAAAUCUCCAAGAGUAGAUGCUUAAGGAGUGUGUCAUUUUCCUGAAUAAAAGUUAUUUUGAUGAAUACAAAAAAAAAGUCUGUAGGUUUAUUAGGUGAGGCUGAAGUUUGUACUAAAACCAGUAUUUUUUCAUUGGAUUUACACAACAGUAUAUCUACCCAUAUGAAAUAUACAACUUACCUGCAUUUUCCAAGGGGAGAGAUGCAUAGCGUAUGAAAUCGUAGAUAAGUUGAUUAAAACUCAUUUCAUGGUAGAGUAGAUGCCUCGAAAAUAGUAUCAUCACGAAAGACCAGUUGGUUCAGUAUGAUUAGAGAUGACCAGAAUUGAUUGUCAUAUUUAUGUGAUAAUAUUUUACUUAGGGUGCAUGAUUUAAUUUAUUGUAUUUAUUGAAUUAGUAAUCUUCAACUUUCAUGGAUUUGUGUAAGUACUGUGAAACUUUUAUAUACUGUUGUUUUUUACUUACCUUCAUUUAAGGUACUGUAGUUUAAUCACUAACCUAUGACUGCAUAGCCUUUUAAAAGUAUUUUCAUACAUGCAAGGUUUGUAUUAUGAGGUAGCUACUUGUACCUCAGAUUCUGUAAUUUUGAUAACUUCAUGCAGGGUACAAAGAUAACAAUAUUUUAUGAUGAAUUGUAAAGGAGAACUUCUUGAAUAAAUUUUAUACAAUGA